CUUCGAGCCACUCGGGCGGGCAUCAGCGAAUAAGGACUUGUUAACAGUUCCCCUUCCGCCUUUAAAGUUUGGGCUCAUGCCAUUGUUUUUUCUGAUCGAGCAUACGUGGCUCAAGCGGUCUUGUUUCAGGCAUCCACGUCGGAUGCGGAGGCGCCAUCUUUUUCCAGUUCAUGGCGCGGGGACCUCAGCACUUCUCAGCAUUGUGAACGGCGGGGUUUGCCGAUCUCGUGCAGCUGCGUUUUCGUGGAUUUUUUUGCGCAAAAGGAACCUAUGUGCUGCAUGUCCCUGACAUGUUCGACGCUGUCCUUCAGGGUUCCCCUUGUGAGCUCGUUUGGGCGUAUCCGAAGUAAGCUUGGAAUUGUGAGUCGAGAUUCUCUUGUCAGCGACGGCUAUCUAGUUACUAACGUUGGAGGCUCGAGGAAGAAAGUCCAUCGAUUGGUAGCGCGAGCUUUCUUGGGAGCACCUCCAUCUCUAGCACAGUCUGAAGUCAACCACAAGGAUGGGAGACGAUAUAACAAUCACGUAGAGAACUUAGAGUAUGUGACGCGAUCAGAGAAUGCUUUAGAUGCGUGGAAGCGCCGUGAUCGCAACGUGAAGGCGUUAUGCAAGGCGGUGCUUGGGCGGCAACAUGGUCAUAAUGAGUGGUCCUAUUACCCUUCGGUUGGUGAAGCAGCUAAGUGUCUGAACUUACACUCUUCUCAAGUUAGUCAGGUUUGCAGAGGUUUAUACAGAUCAACGGGUGGAUAUGAGUUUCAAUACGCCAAUUCUACUCCUGGCGCCUUGCCGGACGAGGAAUGGAGAGUUUCACUUCACCCGAACAUGGGGACCCCAAUGGGGACGAAUUUUGUGAGUUCGCAUGGUCGUGUCAUGUCUUCGUCGGGAAGAAUAUCGUUUGGUUCCUUUACACAUGGUGGCUACAGGAGGUCUGCUUUUUGGGUAGAUGGCAAGAGUAAUAACUGCCUCGUUCAUCGCGUGGUAGCGCGAACUUUUUUGGGGCCUUGUCAGAUCCAAGGUCCCUGGUACGUGAAUCACAAGGACAACGACCCCAGUAACAAUCGCGUUGCCAAUCUGGAGUACGUAACACCAGCAGGCAACUCAGCCCAUUGGCUUGAGAUGGCCGCGCGCAGGGGGUACGCUCGCCAUGGUAAUGCAAAGCCUGUUUUGGGACGGCCAUGCGGUGCAGGGGAUUGGACGUUUUUCCGGUCCUGCGCCGAAGCAGCAAGACAUUUCAAUAUUCCACGCGCUCGCAUUUUAGCAGCUUGUCGUGGAGAAGGUGCGCCUGAUCAGAAGCACGAGUUCGCGUUCGAUGGCAGAGCUAGCCAUCCAGUGGAGCCAGAAGUCUUGCGUGGAGAAGAAUGGGUUGAGAUGGUUUAUGAUAUUUGACUUGCCUGCCACCGUUCUUACGUGUUCUCAGGCAUUAUAUGCGUUUCGCUUUGCAGAGCUCGGCGGUACGUGCGUUGUGGGGGUGAUCCAGAGCAUGACGACCACAGCCAUUAGGUAAGGUGUGAUCCGCUCUUACGUGUGAUGGUUCGUGUAUUCCGCUCCGACAUCCCAUCGGAUCCCCUCGGAAAUAUUGGUCCGUUGCAGCGUUCGCAGCAAGCUAUAAAACGCGUAGAUGUAGCGUAUAACGUCCAGAGAAUAGGGAGACAGAUGCCCCGACCCGUCCCGCAAUCCAGAUUCGUGGAGUUGGCCGAGGUCGCCCAAUGCGCUGGCAACACUCCCUUGGGGAGGCUUGCGUUCGCCAGGGGCAUGCCAGCAGUGCCGAGAAGGCCAGCCGAGCUUAUGUUGGAA